CCCCGAUAACACAAUGGAGUCACCACGUCUCCUAAAAACCCAUCUUCCAAUACAGCUUGUGCCGCCAUCUUUUUGGGAGAAGAAUGUCAAGUGUGAAGCAUUCCUAGGAGUGACCUGAAGAUAUCUUCUUUGGACAAGAUUUGGUCCAGCUCUCUAAUGUAUGUGUCAUGACAGGGGGUGGACAGGGAGAGUGAGCCCUAAGCUGUCCCUAGGAAACUCUCCCUGUCUACUUUCCCAUCCGCUCUAAACGGCGGAUCGACAACCACGGUGUUGGUCCCUACCUGCGCUAAAGUGCAUUGGGCGUAAAGGUACACAAAUAUAGUAAACAUAGUCAACCACAGGCCAGAAACAGAACAAGAAUACAAAUACCAGAACAGACAUACCAGGCAGGAUACAAAUACCAACUGGGCAGGAUACAGCGUAAAACAUACAGUUCAAAAUCCAGACAUGUAUAAAUGAACAAGACUAGGAAUGGAAUAAGUAAACAGCAGAAACCAGGAGAUGAAGGGGAUGAGCUAAUGAACUGAAUGUAAAACACUACAAAGGUCAGGAAACAUUGGACACUGUUCACACUGGACACAAAACAAACUAGACUCCCCACUCCAACAUGGAGGGACAUUAAUAAUAAAGCCAAAUAGACUUCUAGCCAGUGGGCACACUCCACUAGACUGAAAAUGGAUGAGCCUGAACAGACUUAAAACAGGAAUUAAAACAUACUGAGUACGGGUAAACAAGCAAGACUAACAGUGUGAACACAGACUAAGCAGAACGGACAUACAUAUCCUAAAAACCGACAGAAGUACUAAAAACCAAGCAGACUAAAAUGUACAGUAUAUCAAACAGGAAUAAACCAUGGUUAAAACUCAGAUAAAUACUAAGACAGACAAGGUGCAUAAUAAAACAGUCAUGGUCAGAGUAAGAACUAUGCACAAAUAACCAGCACACAGUUCAGGAAAGCUCAGGUUUACAAAGCCCUACCCGAGUUCCCAUAGGCUCAGAGCAUUAACUAUUCCCUAUCCAGGGGGUAUAGCACAGAAAACUGAUAAUGCAUACAAACAAAGUCUGAACAGUGCCUAAAACGGAAAAUACAAAAACACAAAAGCAGACAUUACAGUUUAUUUUCUCAUUCCUUAUCACAGGUAAUUUAUGUUGCCCGGAAUGCCAAAGACUCCAUGGUCUCCUACUUCUACUUCCAGAAGAUAAGUUUGGGUUUGCCAGAACCUGGGACUUGGAAUAAAUACUUCUCUACAUUCUUGGCUGGAAAUAGAUGGAUCCAGAACUAAUGAAGAAUUUAGCGAAGGAGAUGGAGAACAUGAUCAUCAAAAUGGGGGAGAUCCAGGGCGUCCCCCUCCCUGAUACCACCUGCGAAAUCUGGGACAAGAUCUACAACUUCCAGGCGCGAGAAGACGAUAUCUUGGUCUCUACGUUCCCUAAAGCCGGAACCACAUGGGUGCAGGAGAUCGUGGACCUGAUCAUGCUAAACGGGGACGUGAAGAGGAGCAUGCGGGCCCCGUGCUUCAUCAAGGUGCCCUUCAUAGACCUACAUCCAAAGCCCAUGCCGUCAGGAGUGGAGGCCGCGGACGCCAUGGAGUCACCCCGCAUCCUGAAAACUCAUCUUCCCAUACAGCUGAUGCCGCCAUCUUUUUGGGAGAAGAACGUCAAGGUCGUUUAUGUUGCCCGGAAUGCCAAAGACUGCAUGGUCUCCUACUUCUACUUCCAGAAGAUAAAUAAGACUCUGCCGGAUCCUGGGACCUGGAAUGAAUACUUCUCUACAUUCUUGGAUGGAAAAACUCCUUGGGGGAGCUGGUUUGACAAUGUCAUCGGAUGGUGGAAUGAAAAAGACAAACACCAGAUUCUCUAUGUCUUCUACGAGGACAUGAUCGAGGACCCAAGGAGAGAAAUAAGAAAAAUAUCAAAAUUUCUGGGCAAAGACCUGACAGAGGAAGUUCUGGACACCAUUCAGCACCACACAUCAUUCAACGCCAUGAAGGAGAACCCAAUGACCAACUUCAGUACUGUGCCGUCAUUUGUAUUUGAUCAGUCCAUCUCGCCCUACAUGAGGAAAGGUAAAGUUGGUGACUGGAAGAACCAUUUCACGGUGGCCCAAAAUAUUGUAUUUGAUGAAGAAUACAAGAAGAAGAUGGAGGGGAGCGGCCUAAACUUCCGCACUGAGCUAUGAGGAAAACUAGACUUCUCUAUGGGGAAUCUAGUGGAUGACUGGAAUGGGUUCCACAAAAAGUCAUUUUUUAGGCUCCUUCCUUCUGUGUGAUGAUAUAUGUGUUGAAUAAUGGUGUUAGAAAAAUAUGUGAAAAAUAUAUAGGUGAUAAGAUCACACACAGGGAGGGAUACAUAGGGAAAAAUCGCAUAAAAAGAUAUAGGUGAAAUAAAUUAAAAGCGUAAAAAAAAAUUGUCAAGAAAGAGUCUACGAGAAGAAGAUGAUGUCUCCAGGAUACUGAUGCAGAAAUCUGAUGACUUGAUAACAAGUGGUUCCUUCAAGACAAAAGAUGAAAACAACAGAUAAAAUGCAAAAAAGUAAUAAAACCAAUGGGAGGAAAUGACACAAGAACAAAUAGGAUGUAAUCUCCUACCGGGGUCAAUGAAAAGUAAAAAAAAAAGUAUAAUAUUUUCAUGAAGACCCAAAUCUAUUCAGUCUCACGUCGUGCCAAAAUCUUCUUCCCUUUGCCUCCACUCAUUCCCCAUUGGAAUAGUUCCAUUGCUAGAACUGGCUGGCGGGGGUCAUGACGUCACGUCCACGGCCCCUUGUGAUGUCACGGCCAUCCCCUCUGUCGGGGUAAUCACUCAUUUAUGAAUUACGAAUGAUUAAUUAUGGUUAAAAAAAAUAUAAAAAAUAUUAUGAUCGUUAUGAAUUGCCAAAAAUAUACAAACAAUGCAAUUCACCAUAUCUGGGCCCAGAUAUGAGUUCUAUAAAGUAGUGGUAGAAGUAAACUUUGCAAUAUAAUAAAAUGAUAAUGCAGU